UAACAAUUCACCGCCACGGUGUCUCUACCUCCACGGUCUUCAAUCGUUGUAUGCAAGACCCGUCAUCCGGUAUAGACACGCAUGACCUUUCUUCAACUCCACCGAUGAACUUCUAGGAACCCUGACAUUCGCACUCAGGGCGGCCUCCAGAUGCUAAACACCAUUCCACCAUCAUGCCCUUAAACUCGACUCUCAAGCAAAACCAAAAGCAGUCGUCUGCUAACACUGCCAACGAACAAGGGAAAUUGGCAAAUAGGUCCUCUACACCGCAGCCUUCUCUCCUUCAAACUCGUGGUCGAGAUCGUCCUCUUUCAGGACUGAAUAGCCGUCACAAUCGCAGCAACAGUCACAAUGGCGUUGCCCAAAUUGAUAACCCUCCUCUCGACCCAUCCACCCUCAAGAUUCCCAUAAAGGACACCUUUAGUAAGAGUGCUUCCCAUAUACCACAGGCUCAGCCAUCUUUCGGGUCGAGACAACAAGAUGUGACGGUCAAACACACAGCCCCUCCGCAUCACAAGCCUCGUACCUCAGUCCUUGACGAUACCUUGACAAGUAUUCAUAUGGAUGACACUGACAGCUUCACCAACAACGAGUAUGUUGCGGGGGGCAUGCUGGAUCAUUCCAAUGAGCCAAACCAACCGCAUGAGCCUCUUGCCCGAUCUUCACACUGUCCCUGGACCUUCACUCGGCAACCUCGUCCUCCCAAAGACUUUCGACAGCCUGAAUUAGGCAAUUUUGGCAAUAAUGAUUGGAUGGCCGCUGUCGACCGCGAGAGGAAGUUGCAAGGCAAAGAGCCUAAAUAUGGUGCUUUUCACAAUGCGAACGAGCCCGGCGACAGCUAUGCUGGUAAUGAAACCUUCAGUUUCGACGAUGACGACGAAGAAGAUGAGUAUCCACAAGAACGGCCUCAGUGGAUUGACACUCCAUCUCGGCUACAGCCUGCCUUUGACCCGCAGGCUGGCCCCCUCCUCAAGAAAUCGACAAACUUGAACCAAACGAACGAAGCAACCAGUCCACCUCUUCCUUCACUCAAGGACUUACGACAUGACCCUGUGCUUGAGAUUUCGCUCGGAAAUCCGAAUCAUGACCCUAGCAAUGUCAACCAUCGCUUCAAAGAUCGCCGAGAUCACGUUGUCCAGACGGUGGAGAGUGAAGCCACUGCAUUUCUGGCACCGCAACCACCACGUCAAGACAUGUCGUCCAAGGUAUCGUCUUAUCCUGAGGAAUCGUCAUCUGAGGAAGAUCAAGGGAGGGCCCCGCCAGACAAGUUACAAUAUGGCCCGACUUCUGGGCUGGCGCCAUCUCCGCGAGGCACAAAACGACCACACGACCUUGGCAUCGACUUCUCGCCUUCCACACUUGCUCAAAAGAGUUUUGAUGACCUUGACAGAAUUCCAUUCUGGUUAGACCCAACCGUGGAAGAGGCACCCCCUGCAGUAGACGCUCAUGGAAACUCCAUGUCAUUGUCGGCCAAGCUGCAAAAUCUGACCAAGAUGCAGGUACAGGACCAGACAGCACUCUUCCGGUCGCAGAGCGAUGUAGACCGCGAAGCCACGGCCGGAUGGUUCCUUGAGCGAAUACGUGAUGAAAUGCAAAGGUUGAUGCGCGUCCGGGUCGAGAGAAGGAAAGUUGCGCUCCGGUUUGAAAUGGAAGUCAAGCGGCGCGACCGUCGGGUGCGAACCAAGAUCGCCGAUGUGGACGAGGAGCUCGAGGGACUGAAGAAGGGCGGCACAACCCUGAUUGCUGGUAGGACCAAGCCAAGUCGUUGA